UUAGAGGGAUAUGGGGGAGGGAUCAUUGAAGUGAUGUGUGUGUGACAUAGCAUCGAUGGCCCUAAAUUCUCGAUUGAGGACAAUUUUUAAAUGUUUCACUGAUUGCGUAAGAGGCUGCAGAAAGGAUCAGGUGAAACAGCAGGAACUGACCAGUGUUAAGACCAUUGAAGCAGGGGAAGAAGCUGAGGGUACCACACAGACAGAAACUAGCUCUGAACAGGUUCAGACAUCUCAGCCAACUGGAUCAAGUUCACAAGCAGAAGGAAGUUCAGUUGACUCGCCAAAGUGUUUCGUUCACAAAGAACAACAUAAUAACAUUGAUACCAUUUCGGAUAUUUCUAGUGAAGAACUGACUGAGAUUGGUGAGUUAUUUCAAGUCCCAGAGCAAGUUGAAGAAGACACACAGGAAGUGCUACAAACAGUUUCCACUUUUGACUGUAUCGAGACCUUACCAACUGUUUGUGAAAGUCACCGAGAAGUCAUUCCAACUGUAACAGAACCUGAAGUCCAGUGCUCAGUUGCCUCCAAGUCAGAAGAUCAGGAAACUCAAGAGGAGGUGGUAGAAGAGACACUUUCUACAACUGAGGCAACAAUUGAAGAAUCACCUUGUUCAGCACCAGAAGAACAGAGUAUUCCCUCCGUAAUGGAAGCUGUAGAAAAUAAAUCUUCGGGAGUACAACUUCCCUCUGACCUCGAUGAAAUUUCUCUCAUGGGUGAAGGUCAAGAUCUUGAGGAUGCUUUCAACUUUGACCCCUCCAACAUUGACCCCUCUUCCAUAUCCUCUCUUGUAGAACAAUUACAGGCCCCGAUUGAUGACACUGAAAGGGAGGUAAGUCCUGAUGAGGUGGAUUUCCAGAACACAAACGGCUCACUGCAUGCAAGUCUAGAAUCUGAUGCCCUGGAAGCAGCCCUGGAAGAAAGUUUGAAUGGUGUUGAUCUGGAACCUGUUGACGAAAAACCGAGAGUAGAUGGAGACCUCAAGGGAGACGAUCCAAAGGCAAAGAAAGAAAAAACAAAAGAGGAAAAAAAGAGCAAGAAAAAAGAAGACAAAACCAUUGAUCACAUCCUGCGAGCCCUGAGCAGUCUCCACACUACAGAGGAGAAACUGGCUGCCCUGUGUAAGAAGUAUGCUGACCUGCAUGAGGAACACCGUGUACUUCAGACCAGUAAUAAACAGAACACCCGCAAAUUGUCUGUGCAAGAAAGUUUACAACGAGCAAGAGAAGAAGAUGAAAAAAGGAAAGAAAUCUCCAAUAAGUUUCAGACAACCAUCACAGAGAUUCAGCAGCAGAUGACUGACCAUCACGAACGUAACCAGAAGUUGCGUGAGGAGAACCAGGAAUUGGCUGCUAAGCUCAAAAAAUUCAUUGAACAGUAUGAGUUACGAGAAAAGCAAGUGGAGAAGGUAAUGCAGCACCGGGAACUGGAACAGAAAUUAGCAGAUGCCAAGCUUGCCCAGUCAAACGCCAUUCUCAAAGAGGAACAAGAGAGAAACAAGAAAGAGAAAGAGCUGUUGGUUCUACAAGCAACAGAGGGACAGAAGAAAGCCACUUUAUUAGAAGCACAACUUGCCAUGUACAAGGAACGCUAUGAAGAGUUUCAAUCAACCAUCAACAAAAGUAACGAAAUGUUUCAGAAAUUUAAGACUGAAAUGGAUAAGAUGACAAAGAGAAUAAAGAAACUUGAGAAAGACGGUGCUCAGUGGAAACAGAAGUGGGAAAACUCUAACAAGGCUUUAAUAGAAAUGGCAGAGGAGAAAACCCUAUAUGACCGAGAAAAGCCUCUCCUUAUGGGCAAAAUCAAGAAACUUGAGUCACUGUGUCGUGCCAUGCAAGCAGAACGUUUGGGAAGGAAAGUGUUAGAAGCUUCUUCACUUGAUCCUUCGAAGUUUGAAGAAACAUUGGCAGCAAGUCAGGGGGUAGAGAAACAGAUACAGACACAGCUCCAUUCUGCUUCCUUACAAAAGGUUUCUGAAUCCCCACCCCAGGAAAGCAAGGAGGGGAACGAGGGUGGCUCACCGACAAACCACUCACCAGACUGUGAUAAGGAGGAGUCUUCAUCAGCUAGCCAAUCAGAGGAUACGGAGGAGUCCUCUGAGGAACAAACAGACCUUCCCAGCCAAUCAAAGCAACCAGUUGAGUCAGAAUCUACUAGUGACGAGCAAGAAAAGAAGAGUUCGGAAGAUCAAUUGCCGAUAACAACAUAGCCUAGACAUACAAAUUUAACACCUAUUUAUAUUUUAAGCUUUUCUUUCACUCUCACAACAGCUGUAAGCAAUGUACAAAUAGAUUUGCAGUUUUCAGUUAAAAACUUUGUUUCUUAUUGAAACAAAUGAUCAAAACCUGAAAGUUUAUCUGAAACAGAACCUUACAAUAACAAUUUUGACAAGAUGUCUGCAUUUAUAGAAUUGUUUGUUGGGGUCAUUUUAUGCUUGAACAAAUAAAACAGUUUUUGUCAAUA